AUGGCAAAAAAACGAUCACGAAGAUUCAUAACUGCGGAACAUCCAUCUUCAUAUUAUGAAACUUUAGAUCAAUCGGCACUUCCAAAUUUGAAUUCAAACUGGGUUUACUAUAAAGGUGCAUGGUUUAUUCAUAUCAUCCUUAUUCUUUGUGUCAAGAUACUUUUUAGCAUAAUUCCUUAUGUGUCCCCGGAGGCCAGCUGGACGCUGACAAAUUUGUCGUACAUGCUUGGAAGCUUCGUCAUGUUUCAUUGGGUCAAGGGAGUUCCUUUCGAUUUUAAUUCCGGUGCUUAUGAUGGCUUGACAUUAUGGGAACAGAUUGAUAACGGGGCUCAAUUUACACCAGCAAAGAAAUAUUUAACUGCAGUUCCGAUUGGAUUGUUCCUACUCAGCACACAUUAUACACACUAUGAUGCGUUCACAUUCUUGAUCAAUUUCACUUUCUUAUUAGUUGUACUUAUAGCAAAGUUACCACAGUUGCACAAGGUUCGCUUAUUCGGAAUCAAUAGACUCGAAGCAGAGUAA